AUGGAGACUUCUCUAUGCGAAGAGGCAGAAGUGGUGAAGAGUCCGAGGCAAAUCAUCUUCCUUUAUGAAGACGUGGUCCAAGAAUUGAAAGCUCCAAAGAUCCGAUUACACGAAUCGGUUACCCCACCGAAAGGGAGAAACAAUGAUGGGGACAAAGAAAAUUAUAAAAAUAGUUGUGAUCGAUAUGAGGGAAGCAGUCCAUUCUUCUCGACAAGGAAAGACAACAAACUAGACGAGGAGGAAAAAGAGAAUGAAAGGUUACUUAACACAGAUAUAUUAAACGAUACUGUGUGUAGUUCGCGUGGGAGGUACCCAUUUGAAAGGGGGAAUGAUUCCAAGGUAGAGACUCAAGAGGAGGGUGAACUUCUACAUCAUCCAAGCAGCAACGUCACGUUUUCUAAUGAGUGCCUUCAUAAAUCGCCCAUGAUUGGAGAAGGGUCAAAUGAGGACAUUUCCCCGACGCACGAAAUGGAGAAUGUCGAUCCUUACACAAAGGAAGAAGCGGCCAAACGGCACAUGAGUGAACAAAUCCGUGGCGUUAUUUUCACAUGUGAUAGUGGAGACUCGAGCGGUAGUUUUAUCGAAGAGAAUGAAGAAGACUCACUGGAGAAAGAGAAGACGGUUAUGAUUCCUUCCAAUUGUGAAUCCUCCUCUCCGGAGGAGGAUCCAGAUGUAUCAAAUAGUAUCUGUUCAUCUGGGUCAAGAAGCAGAUAUCCACGUACAAGCAACUUCGACGGAAGAACUGUGGGGAAGGAGGAACAGCUGCGUGGGCAACCACCGGAGGGGACCCCUCCCAGUUUGUCUAUCUCUCCAACGGAGGGAAGUAACCAUGCGGGGAAAAUCCAACCGAGUGAGCCGAAAAAAAUCCCCGAUAAAGACAAAACGUCCGACUCGUCCUCUGAUAAUUUCGCAGACUUAAACCUAUCCGACAGCUCGCUCGGUUCCAAAAAGGAGGUAGUGUUUCCCCUGUCACGGGGUAAUGAGCGGCUGUUUAAAAUAGAGCACCAGAAGAAAGAACAUUCUUCAGAUGCACCGCAGGAUUGGCUUAAGAAGUGGCAGACUUGUCUCCAUCUUCCCAACAUGAGCAACGAACUCCUGUCACACAUGUUGGGAGAGUUACCUAGGGGGUGCCACCUUGGGCAAGACAAACCGGAACGGGAAUCCGAACCGGAGCGCGAACCAGAAUGCGAAAACGAGCGCAGUGUAAGGAACCAUUUAAUUGCAAACCCCCACGUUGAGAUCUCCAAACGUGGAAACGCUCGGAAUACCAACACCAAUAUUUACAGUGAACAAAUGAAAGAGGCAUCUUCUUGCUGCUCACAGGGGAGGGCAUUUUUUUACAACCCUGGCCUGGGGAAGAGGAAAAAAAAAAAAAGAAAAAAAAAAGUCAGGAAAAAUGGACCAAUCGUUGGAGACAUAGAAAGUGCAGCACAUGGAGGAUGUUGCGAUUAUGCUAACCCGCGCGAAGUGACCUGGGGCACACGCCGGAAUAGCCACUCGUUCGGCACUUCCAACUAUGAAGACGUCCCAUCGAGUAGUAACAUGACGACGACCUGCAUUUGCAAUCACAAGGUUGGAAAAAGAAUGAACGCCACUUCCAUUCCUAGACGUCGCCACAUGCCCAAUUGCAACCACUCCAAAUUGUAUGACCUGUUCAGGCGAAAUAACAGAGCACUGUCGGAGGUUUCUUUUAACGUUGUGACAGACUCAUGCGGGAAUGACUUUCACAGGAGAGGUAGAAACCAGUUACAGAUGAACAAAAUGGUGGCAAGUGGCGAGAAAGGGCAGCCCAGAUGUUGUCCCCACUCUUUGGCACAUACAAAUUGGUGUCACACUCUCCAUACGAUAGGUGAAUUACUUUGUAAUGAAGGGAGAUGGGGUCUCCCUUUGGAUGGCAAACAUGUGAACCAGAGAAAGAUAUGCUCACGAAGGGAUCGCUACAGUCACCCCUGCACCAAUGACGACAAAGGUUCCUGUAGGAACUGCAAUGAUGAUGAAACGAACAUACAAGACAGCAUGUCCGUUUUGGAAGAGAAGUAUGCCACCAUCGACGGGAGUACGGAGACGAUACGGAACGGUGUAAGCUGCGGGGGGGAGAUGGAGAGUGCCUUUAAGGAAAGCACCCAGAUGGAGAGUGACUUUAAGGACAACAGCCAAAUGGACGUCCCCUUUAAGAACAGCACCAAGAUGAAUUUCCCCUUUGAAAUGUCCUAUCACGACUGUGCCUCCACGCGGAAGGGCAUCAAUAUGUACCCCCUUGGGCCUCCCGCUCAGGAUGGCAAACAGAACAGCUGCUUUGGAAAAAGAUGGGAUGAGCGUCUUUCCGACAACCGCCUAUAUGACGAGGCGUGCAAAGUUGUGAAUUCUCGGAAUGUGCAGGACAACCAGCUACCGGCGAACUAUAUAGACGUCCACGCGAGCCCCGAGUGGGUGCGCGGCAGCUUCCUUCAUUGCGCUGGCGGAAGUGGUGACAGGAAGACACAGAAAGAGCACUGCAAGGAAAAAUGGAUUAUAAGUUCGAACAGUGAAGCAGAGAAGUUCAAUGAUGUACCAUCGCGCGAAGAGGACCCUAUGGGGGACGAAAGAAAGACGAUCCAGAGAGUCGCACCUGGAGAGAGGAGUCACCUGUUUCGCGAGGCCAACAAGUUUGACAACUCGAAUGGAAGCGAAAAGAGCCGCGGACUAUAUCGUGUGUCCAGCAAGGAUGAUGAAAACUGCGUCUUCCCCUUGGGGGAGGGAAACAACCUCGAAGGAGUCACCAUGGGCAGCACCACCAGUGUGAAAAGUGAAGACGGUAACGUUGAUGGUCCCAUCCAGGAGAGUAGCAGGGAUUACCAUUGUCAGCCAAGUGCAGACGGAAGCAACCCGAAGGACGCGCCACCCGACCGGAAGAAGAAAAACGAGAAGAAUAGCAGCAGCCAAAAAGACUUCAGUGGGACAAAGAAGCAGAAAAGAAAAAAGAAGAAAAAAAAAAUACUCAAUGUGCAAAAGUACUACGAAAGCAAUUCUUCCAACCUGUUCUGGAGUGACCUUCGAAAUUUGAGCAUGCCGCACGUGGAACAACUUACUGAGGUGGAGCAAUUGACUGAGGUGGCAGAGCUCACUGAAGUGGCGGAACUUACUCGUUCGAUGCACACAGGUGGAGCUAGCCGAGACGAUAUGUCCAUUCGGGAGGACAACCCGUAUGACAACGUGAAUUUACAGAGCACGCAUAUAAAAAGGUACGAGCUACGGACAAAAAGAAAAGUUAAAUAUGCUUGGCCAUCCAUAAUUAAGAAGCUACGGAGAGACGACUCGCGCUUAGUGUAUGAUCCCUUUUUGUACAAUAGCACAUGGCGGAUAAAAAAGGCUUGA